CACAACUGACCCAGCACAGACAGCAUGUCUCAGCAUAGUCUGAUGUCAACACAGGAGAGGAAAAUGCAGGCAGCGGCUAUUUGUAGAGAGAUCCACGCCAACGAAGAAGCAGAGAUGGAUCUGGGUAAGAAAGUCAGCGCACCAAAGGAGAUCAUGUUGGAGGAGCUUUCCCUGGCCUCAAACAGGGGCUCACGUCUCUUCAAGAUGCGUCAGAAGCGCUCAGAGAAAUACACAUUUGAGAGUAUUCAGAAUGAAGUCAACGUACAGCACAGUACUGAUGCUGUUUUUCCUGGUCCAUGUGCUGAGAUGACAAACAUUUUAAGUGAUGAAAACUGUCUUGGAGUUGAUCAGGCACCAAAUCCACUUAAUCCUGACAACAUCGCUCCAGGUUACGGUGGUCCCUUGAAGGAUGUUCCAGCAGAGAAGUUCAACUGUACAGCUAUGCCCAAAUCCUACCAGUCUCCUUGGGAGCAGGCCCUCACCAGUGACCCUGCCCUGGCCCAAACACUGCUGGCCCGCGUCCCUGAACCUGAGAGCAAACAGCAGAUCCCACAGUACAAGAGCUUCAACAGGGUGGCAAUUCCAUUCGGCGGCUUCGGCAAGGCUCCCAAAGUCCCUGUUAAAGCUGUAGAUUCGGAUCCAGAACUCGUCGUUCCUCGUCCCGCAGCUGAAGUCCCUGCUAUUGUCAAACGACCCACCUUCAACAGGACGGCCUCAGGAUGGGUCACCGACAGCGCCCCUCUGACCUUUCCCAGCAUCCCUCUGGAGCCCAUUUCAUCCAUGUCUUCCACAUUCAUCCCCGAGUCUGAUGACCUCUGAACCUCAACCUUGUUUACAUGAGCUUGUCUCUUGUUCAUUACCAUGGGGGAAUAUUUUUUAAUGUCUUUGCAAGAAGACUUAAUGAUCAAAAAAGAUUUAUUAUUAAUAACAAAAACUUUUUCCUUUGGUUGAAGCCACAAAAUGAUGAUAAAACAUCUGGCUGGUAGUGUAAAGCAGAGGUGUACACUGUAUAAUGGAGUAAAUUUAGCAUGAGAAACAAAGUAAGUAAAGCUUAUAUGGGAUAUAUGUGACUGAUUUCUGUUUUAGAAAUGUCCAUCUGAACCAGUUCACAAAGCUGAAGGAGAGCUUUAGAAAGAGUUUGUUCAUAUAGACCUGUAAAUAUGUAUUUAUGAAGGGCUGUGACAUCGAUUUAUUUAAAUUAUUGAAUAAAGAAAACAUUCACUGAACUUGUGUUUCCGUUUGAGUAUUUUUAAUUUACAUUUAAUAAAUUACACUCAAAAUACUUUUCUUUAUAAGUUCAUGCUCUAAAAUUAGUUACAAAUGUUUUUUGAUUCUCUGAUUUUUUUGUUUGUUUGUUUUGAAGCAAAUUAAAUAAAUAAAUAAAUAAAUAAAUAAAUCUAUUUCACAAUCA